AUUAAUUAAUUUAAUUUCUUCUGGGUUUUUUUGAAGGAGUGUUUAUGUGCAUUAAAAAGUGCACAAAAGUGUAAAAGGAAAUUAAUAAAAAAUAAUUAUUUAAAACAAUUAUUAUUAUUAAAACAAUACAAAGGCAGUUUGUAAUGACCUCUGUUUGUCAUAACUUUACCAUGAUACAGUGAUUUAUGUGAUUUAUGCUAGCCAGAUAUACCAGGCUACAUCUAAUAGGACUUUUACCGAGUACAAGCCCUAAUAUAGUGCUUAUUUUGUAUUUAUACAGUUAAAUACACAGCAAGGCAACACGGUUUGACAAGGUAGCACAACUCGACAGAACGCCGGCUCGCUGUGUGCGCUGUGUUCGCGGACCGGCUGCUGGAUAAGUUUAAUGCACUGAGUGUUGCCGCUGUGUGAGAGGCUCUUUGUUCUGCUGGUGAGUAACUGAGCAGCGUUAGCUUUAGCGCUUAGCUCAAACUGACCGGCUCUGCUCAUCAACUUCUGCGUUUCUGAGAGAACCGCGGCGCUUAAUCAGCGCGUUUAGCUCGAGGAUUUGUUGUGAAACCCUUUGACACAUUUUCUAGAGAGCGAUUAUGCUUUUAAGAAGCUGAACCAUCUCGAUUUGUGCUGGUUUUGUGGAAACGCCGCCACUGAGGAGUCCAAAAGUGCAGCAGCAGCAGCGCUCUGGAGUGUAAUGCGAGGAGGCCUACGCUUUUGACCUCAAGUGGAUCAAGAGAUUCUUCAUUCCCGAAAGCUGUGAUGCUCCACACACCUCCAAUGAAGCGUUUAUGAGACUGCUUUCAGAGACCAGGGUUGUCAUGGCACAGUGGCGUGGCUCCUGACUCCGAGGGCACAUGUGCGUUGGGGAGAGAUGGACCGCUGUAAGCAUGUGGUUCGUCUCCGUCUGGGCCACGACCACUCCAUCCUGAACCCUCAGAAAUGGCAUUGCGUCGACUGCAACACCACAGAGUCCGUGUGGGCCUGCCUGAAGUGCUCCCAUGUGGCCUGCGGGCGCUACAUAGAGGAGCACUCCCUCCGGCACUACCAGGAGACCCAGCACCCGCUGGCCAUGGAGGUGAGGGAGCUGGACGUCUUCUGCUUCGCCUGUGGAGACUAUGUGCUUAAUGAUAAUGCGGAGGGUGACCUGAAGCUCCUGCGGGGGGCGCUGUCCACCGUUCGGACUUCGGGACAGCGCUCCCUGCGUUCAGCGUCGUGCGCAGGAGAGUUGUCGUCGUCUUUUUCUUUUUGUUCCUCUCAACGGAAUGGAGGCGAGGGGUUUGCGCCGCAGCCGGCCAUGCAGGCGGCUCUGCGGCACAGGCGGCGGAUUAUGCUGGCUGUCGCUUUCCGGCGGUGGAGGAAUCGGCAGCUGGAGGAGAGGAGGAAGCGUGAGGAGAAGGUGGAGCAGGAGCGGGAAGAGCUGAGGAGGCAGCGAAGGGAGGUGAAGAAAAGGCUAAUGGAAGAGCAGGCUAGCGUACCACCCAGGAAAAGUGCCCGAUUGCUGACCCAAGCACCGCGGCCUACCCUCACCUUGAUACCACGCAAGUUCCGCGAUCCGCCCGAGAGACCUCCAUCAAUGCUUCUAAAACAGCAGCCCCUCCAGCCCCUGUCCAACAAACCUCUCUCCAACAAGCCCAGCAAACCACUCCGCAACCACAGCAACACAGGAAAACCUCGCAGGUGCUACGUCUCCUCGUCUCAGGUGCGUCGCAGGCGGCUGGCGCCGGGUGUCACAGGGCUCCGCAACCUUGGCAACACCUGCUACAUGAACUCCAUCCUUCAGGUGCUCAGCCACCUGCAGAAGUUCAGGGAGUGCUUCCUCACGCUGGACCUGUGUGAGACUGAAGAACUACUGGCCAAGACCAACCACCCUCAGGGUGUACGUGGCGUGUCCGCGGGCAUGUUAGGCAGCGCCAGUGCCCUCAGCGCCCUCGGAAAGCAGCAGAACAAUGGGUCGGGCGAACUGGUGCAGCCGAAAGAGCCGCGCUGCUCCUCCCGCCAGCAGGUGUCGCUGUGCCACGAGUUGCACACGCUGUUUAGGGUGAUGUGGUCGGGCCGCUGGACUCUGGUGUCGCCCUUCGCCAUGCUGCACUCGGUUUGGAACCUGAUCCCGGCCUUCCGAGGCUACGACCAGCAGGACGCUCAGGAGUUCCUGUGUGAGUUGCUGGAUAAAGUCCAGCAGGAGCUGGAGUCCGACGGCAGCCGCAAACGCCGCAUCGUCAUCCCCAUCACACAGCGGAAACUGUCCAAACAGGUGCUGAAGGUGCUCAACACCAUCUUCCACGGGCAGCUGCUGAGCCAGGUGACGUGUCUGUCCUGUAAGCACAAGUCGAACACAGUGGAGCCGUUCUGGGAUUUGUCUCUGGAGUUUCCGGAACGAUACCACAGCCUGGAGAAGGCGAGCGCCUGCCAGCGGAGCUGCACCCUCACAGAGAUGCUCGCCAAGUUCACAGAGACCGAGGCACUGGAGGGCUGCAUCUACGCCUGCAACUUCUGCAACCGAAAGAGACGUAAGUCGUCCCACAAGCCGCUGGCGCUGUCCGAGGCGUGCAAACAGCUGCUGAUCUACCGUUUACCUCAGGUGCUGCGGCUUCACCUCAAACGCUUCCGCUGGUCGGGCCGGAACCACAGGGAGAAGAUUGGAGUCCAUGUGGCGUUUGAUCAGGUUCUGAACAUGGAGCCGUACUGCUGUUCAGACUCUCACGCCGCUCUGCAGCGGCAGGCCUACACCUACGACCUCUCCGCUGUGGUGAUGCAUCAUGGUAAAGGCUUCGGCUCAGGACACUACACCGCCUACUGCUACAACACGGAGGGAGGUUUCUGGGUCCACUGUAACGACUCGGAGAUGAACGUGUGUAGCGUGGAGGAGGUUUGCAGUACUCAGGCUUAUAUCCUGUUCUACACACAGCGAUCAUCUUAAGAGACUGCCCAACACAAACACACACACACACACACACACGUACAUACACACGUACACACACACACACACACACAUGUUCUCACACACACAAAGUGUUUAGGACCCGGCCUUGCAAGCCCCAACACACACACACACACACACAUGAACAGCUUGUGUGUUCAGGACAGGUAAGACGACCCGAACACAGGCGUGCUUAGGCUGGACCUAACAACUGUUAUCAGAGCCUGGCUGAGUAAACUGAACACGUGUUUGGGUCAGGAUUCUGUACGAAGCGCACACGACCGGCUAGCCAACGCAGGUGUGUUUAGGUCAGGUGUGUUUUUCUCUACUGAGAGGUAUUUUUAAUCAAAGCCUAUUAGAACAUUUAGGGUGGGCUUAUCGCUCAGAUCCACGGCUGUAGGGCUGUCCUGAUUGAUUGCAUUAGUAAUCAAUUAAUAAAAAAAAAAAUAAAAAAAGUGGGUUAACAAUACCGAUUGGACAGUAAUUGAUCUUUGGUUUUUAUGUACACAGCCAUAUUGUUGCUGUAUUUUUCUCGCUAUAAGGCGCACCGGGUUAUAAGGUGCAUUAUGCGACAGGAAGAAUAUUAAAACCUAUUUUUUUAAGAAUCCCAUCAAUUUAUUUCUUAAAAUAAAAUAGAUGUAGAUAUUUUAGAUAUUUUUUCCCCUUUUAAGUGAAAUUAAGAAAAAAAGCAUGUCAAAAAUGUAUUUCUUGCUUUAGACAUUUCCAAAAUGUUGAACUUUAAACAAAAUUGGUAGAUAUUCUGUCUAGAGAACAAUGAGCUGUGGAGCAGAGGAGCACAGAAAAUGUGUUCUCUGGCAUGAUUUGGAGAAAUUUAGUAAAAAAUAAAAAUGAAAAAACCUUGCUUUUAUUCAGAAAUGAAUGAGAAUCAGCAGGUGUCCCAAUACUUUUGUCCAUAGUAUGUAUAUAAAUAAUUAUGUAAGCACUAAGUGGCCAAAAUGCGUAGACAUCAUGUUGGCAUCUAUUAGACUGUUACUUUUUGUAAAAGUAUAUUAAUUCCUGUUAUGCAAGUUGUCCAAUAAUCAAUGCAAAUUUGUAUUUUGUAUUUUUCUAAUUGAUUUAUUGAUUCUAAUGUAAGAUAUCAGGACAGCCCUACACAGCUACACUCAGUCUACCUACCUAAAUCUGAUCUCAGAGGUUUUUCUACACGCCAAAACUCAACCCGUUCAGAUCCCUGUGAAGACAUGCCCCUACAAUCAUCAUGCUCUCAGGCCUCAUGGAGAGGAGAGAAAGAGCGAAAGAGAGAUAUAGAAAGAAAGAGAGAGGAAAAGAGAGAAAGAGAGAGAGAGAUUUACAGACUGACUGACAAACUCAUUUCAACAAGGGCAUUUUAGGACCAACCUCAGCACACUGGACCUAACCUGCAGGAACGCAAUCAUACACCAUAUAAACACACGUCACUCACUGCUGGAUGCGACUGCUGAAGCUUCAGGGUGCUACAUAUAUUAGUACAUCUCAAAAAAUUUGAAUAUCAUUAAAAAGUAACUUUAUUUCAGUAAUUCAAAAGUUUAAAAUGUGAAACUCAUAUAUAAUAGAUGUAUUACACACAGAGUUUAGUGAUUUUAUUGUUAAUGAUUAUGGCUUACACCCAAUGAAAACCCAAAUAUUAGUGCCUUAAACCAUCACUGAUUGUGGAAACUUCACACUAGACCUUAAGCAGCUUGGACUGUGUGUUGAUUUACAAAUGAAAUGUAAAAUGUACUGAUAAUCAGUGAUGGUUUGGAGAGUCAUGUCUGUCAUCUGCUGGUGUUGAUCCACUGUGUUUUAUUAUCAAGUCUAAAGUCAGUGCAGUUUUGUUUUCCCACAAAAUCUUACAGCACUUCAUAUCUUACAGCUUCCCUCUGCUACUGACAACUUUUAUUGAGAUGCAGAUUUCAUUUUCCAGCAGGACUUGGCACACUGCCCACACUGCCAGAAGUACCAAUUGGUCUUAUAUAAUAUUCUAAUUUUCUGAGGCACUGAUUUUUGGAUUUUAUUGGCUGUAAGCCAUAAUCAUCGACAAAAAAAAAAAGAAAUAAACCCUUAAAAUAGAUCACUCUGUGUUUAAUACAUCUAUAUAAUAUAAUUAAUGAGUUUCACAUUUUUAACUGAUACAGAGAUAAAGUAAUAACGUUUUGAAAGAUAUUCAUUUUUUUCCGAUGCACUAGCAGUUCUAACAUUAUUCAGUACAAUGGGUGUAGGUUUCUGACCUCAUAGUGAUUGACUUAUACUUAUACUUAUACAUGCUCCGCCCCUAAUGCAUUUUUUCAUAGCUACCUGAGCUGGUGGGGGAAAAAAAAGUACUUUUAGGCUCAGGUUCUUUGAUGGCAUCCCUCAAGGAACCGUAUAAAAGCACCUCUUAUUUUAAGAGUGUUGUUAUGAAUAACUAUGAUUGUGGGCGGAGCAUGUAAGGGUCCAUCUGAUUCAUUUACGGUUCUUCAGGUAACGAUUCAGUGUAUCAUAAAAUCUCGAUUUGUCCAAAAUUUGAUUUGAACGUGGGUUGUUUGGUUCAAUUCCAUUCCCUUAUUACGUAAUCGCCUCUGGAGGCUCUCUGGAGUGAAUAGUGGAAUACAGAUAGAAAAUAAUUUCUACGAUUUUAAUGAUUUUAUAUGUUUCUAAAAAGCCCAAUUUCCCUGUGGCAGCAGUCUCACUUUUAAUAAUCACCCUCAUCAUCAAUCCUGACGUUUAAUUGAAUAAAUACUGGCACUCCUGAAGUGAUGCAGUUGAAUCGGCACCUUCAGAUCGAUCAUUUUCACACCUCUGUUGGACGCGGUCAGUCUGAGAGCGGCGAGGACUGAAAGUAGCAGCUGGAAAACACUUUUUACUGAGAACUGAAGGACUGAAGGACUUUCUGACGCUGUGCUGGAGGAAGAAUCCGCCGGAUCUGGAGUGGAAGAAACAUGCUCACGCCUUUUAAAGACACGGGAGAGCAAUAUGCCAUCAUUCACUUUACUACGACAGGAAAAUCGAACACACUCCGAAAUCAGGAAUUCCUCAGCUUUGUGAUACGGUUAUUCUUUUUCUACUGAACUGAAAUGUUUCUAAUGUGGAUAGUGAACUCUCGCUUCAUCAGGGAAGCUUUACUGUCCUGAAAAUCAUAAAAAAAGAAUAAAAGUCGAGGGGGGGAGGGGUUAGUAUGGAAGCCCGUUUCUUUCUGCUGUAGAAGAAUUCAUUUUAUUUUGAAACUUAUGCCUUACUUUUGGAGGGAAUCAAAUAGACACGAUGCUCUGGCGGGUGGGUUCCUUGAUCACAGAAGCUUAUAUGAGGUUUAACUUAAAACCAGAGCAAUCUUAGUUUUGAUCCUCCCCUGAGAAAAUUACCGACUGCGGAGAUUCUCAAAAACCAGUGGUUCUCAGAUUGUUGUACCCAAAGCGAUUCAAGAUUGUACACCACAAAAAUAUUAAUGAUUAAAAUCUUAAAGUUUUUAUCUCGAAUUUUCAAAAUAUCAGGUUUGUUUGCGUUAAGUGUUUUAACCUGUUAGACCCUGUAUAAAAGCUUACACUUCAGUUCUUUUCAGUUAAUUUUAUAGGUCCUACAAUUUAACCCUGUGGAACUCCAACAUUCACAAUAGUUUCUGGUUUCUUGGUAAUAGUAGCAAAAUCAUUAGUCUAGGGUUGUUUAAAAACAUCUUAACUAGUGUCAAUGAAUUAUCAGUUAACAAUCUCUAUUCCUGUCUUAAGUACUGUUGUUGGUGACCCAUUUUUUUAAGUGUCCCCAAACACUUUUCCAAUUGCAAACCUAAAACUUUUGUAAUUUAACUUGAAAAAAUCAGAUCAGAAAUCAGAUUAAACCUUUUCUUCACCUUAAAUUGAAAUUGGAGGCAAAAUUACAGCAUAAAUCAAGCAAUUCGCCCUCUGGUAAUUUUAUUGCUGUUCAGAUAUGAAUAAGUUUUAUCACAAGGUAUGUAAAUCAAAUUUGCGGUGCUUCUUGAUUUAAUAAACCCACUUCCUGCAGGGAUUUAUCUUUACAUAAUGUUCUAUUCUGUUCUCUCCAACUGAUUAUUUUUGUCAAAAUACAAUAAAUGAUGCUUUAUUUUCUUAAAUUUCAGACAUAUUAAGUAAUUUCUAUUCAAAUCAACUAUACGCGUCAAAAACAAAACAUAAAAAUUUGGUGUAAUAAUCAUUAAUUGUUAAAAAAAAUAGGAUAAAUCUUUAUUUUAAGCUAAAAACAGAUGAUUGUUAUUAUCAUUUCCUCUCCUUCCUGACAGAAACGGGCUUCCAUAGAUUAGGGCAGAAUCAUUACGUUAGUCAUUAAUGACCGGAACAAUCUGCUGACGCUGAAUGUCUUUCUUUAGAGUGUGUGUGUGAAUGUGUGUGUGUGCGAGAGAGAGUGUGAAUGCGUAUGAGUGUGUGUGUGUAUGUGGAGAUGAGUGACUGUAGACCCCCCAUGACCUUUUGUUCUGUAUUUGUGAGGGCACCUGUUACCAACUUUAUUGAUCACGUGAGUUUGGCCUGAUGAUAGUGAUUAAAGAUGUACAACACGGUUCACAA